UGGCCACUGGAGGAGGAAGCCUUGCUACGUGCGAAACGCAGUUCCCUCGGCUGCUGCCGCAUCAGCUGAAGUGUCCAGCUCAGCAGCGCCGAAACACGGAGCUGGAUGGCAGGGACUGUAUGGAGUAAAAACUGCAGGAAUUUCAACCGGUGCCCUGGCCUGUGUUGGUUUGGAGUGCUGCAGAGACGGGGGAGAGAUGAGAACAGGAGCUUGGAGACCCAGCUGGGCUUUAGCUCUGUUGCUCAGUGGCGUAGCCCUGUUGUUUGUGUCCUCAGGGGUUUCCAGCCACAGACCCAACGCCAAGAAGAUGUCCCAGGCCACCGUGAUGCAGGCGGCAGCGGCUGGAACAAGCACCUGGUGCACGGAAGAGCUGCUGGGCUUUAGAGCGCUGUCAGAGCUCUUUGUGUGGGAGCGGGCAGACACUUGGGUCUGCUCCCUCAUAGGCUCCAUCAUGGUGGGGCUAAGUGGGAUUUUCCCCUUACUGGUCAUCCCUAUUGAGGCUGGAGCUACCUUGAAAACUGAGGCUGGGUGUCAGAGGCUGAAACAGCUCCUGAGUUUUGCCAUUGGUGGACUGCUGGGCGAUGUUUUCCUUCAUCUCCUCCCAGAGGCUUGGGCUUACUCCUGCAGCCCAGGAGGGAGCCAUCAGCAUCACAAGGCACAAGGCCUGUGGGUCAUUGUGGGCAUGUUGUCCUUCCUCAUUCUUGAGAAGAUGUUCCCAGACGAAGAGAACCAGGAUGACACCAGGACCCAGUACCUCUCUGUGUCUGCAUGUGCAACAUUAAACUCACUCACUAGGCCCAGCUGUGGACAGAGCAGCGCCUCACAAGAGACGUGGCUGGUACACAGUAAUGGUCACUCAGCUCAAAAGCCAAAGAUCACUUUACAGAAGCCAACAGAGAAAAUUAAGACAAGUGGAUAUUUGAACCUCCUGGCCAACUGUAUCGACAACUUCACUCAUGGAUUGGCAGUGGCUGGCAGCUUCCUGGUCAGUAGAAAGGUGGGUGUCCUAACGACCUUCGCCAUUCUUCUCCACGAAAUUCCUCACGAGGUGGGGGAUUUUGCUAUCCUGUUGAGGGCUGGGUUUGACCGCUGGAGUGCAGCCAAAAUGCAGUUAUCUACUGCCCUAGGUGGAGUGCUAGGGGCCUGCUUUGCCCUUUGCGCUCAGUCACCCAAAGGAGCAGAGAAUUCAACAGCCUGGAUCCUACCAUUUACGUCAGGCGGCUUCCUUUAUAUUGCUCUGGUAAAUGUUGUACCAGAUCUCCUGGAGGAAUCAAACCCCAGGCACUCCCUGCAGCAGAUCCUGCUGCUCUGCUCUGGAAUUGCAGUCAUGGCCAUCAUGUCAGCAAUAGUGGAUUAACUUCAAAGAGGAACUUUUCAUCUGAGAAUCAUCCACUGAGGACUAAAUGGAUUCUUGGCUUUAAUAACUCCAGCAGAACAGCUGUGUCUGGAGACUCUUAUUCCUCUGCAGAAGUGUCUUCAAAUUCUAAAGAUGAUGCCUCAAUAUCCAAAUGGAAAUGAACAGACAAUCAGGGGCUGAGAGGCCUGCAGAACUCCUACUUAUUGGUACACUCCGUGACUCUCCUUUGCAGAAUCCCAAUGAUCAGCCUUCCUAACUGGUACAAAAUGACUUUUUUUGGGGGGGGGUGGAAGAAGAAGCAUGUGGUAAAUGCAAUGAAUCGUUGUUUCCUCUGACUCAUUUGGAAUAAUGCAAUGUGGCACACAGCCUCAUGGGGCUGCUGCUGAACUCGUCAACCAAAAGAAGAAGCUGGUAUCAGUAAAUUCAUACCCACCAUACAGUACUCGGUAUUCAGACACACGUUCAAUAAACAGUUAUAUAUGCAAUCUCAUUCACUCUCUGUCUAGUUCACUCCUUCUGUCUAGUAUACCAACUUGCUUCACACAAAUGGACAUUUUUUUCCAGGAGCUUUGUCAUGCUCUGUUUUAAAAAUGUGCCAUUGAAAGUGCUGUUUCUUGUUUUUAUUUAUGCAUAUUAUGUCUACAAGAUACUAGCACACUAUUCAAUCAACUAAAACAUUUGACAACCAAGGUCAAAUGUCAUGUGCCUGAAACCUAAAGGUAGGUUGCAGGGAAAUGUCCUGCAAUAUUGAUAUGUGUACACUAAGUUAAAUGUAUAUUUUGUCAAAUAUGUCAUUCAUGAGUCUAAUUUGCUUGUUUAAAAAAGAAUCCCACUUGUACUUGUAAAUCAUAAACUCCUGUUAUAGAAUACUCAUAUUACAACAACAAUGGACGUGAAAUUGACAAUAAAAUUUUGAGAAACUGGCAUACUCUGCAGAAAUCUUUUUCCUUUGGUAAAUUUGUACUUCCCCCUAAGGAUGAGAACACCCCAGAAAAGGUUUACAAGAGAUCACUCCUACAACACUCACUGUGCUGACUAGCUUUAUAAAUGUUUUAAAUAUGUUUUCACAUUAAAUGGAGGGCAGAGGUUUUAAAUGUUUAUCAGAAGGUAGUGUUUUUUUUCCUAUUCCAAAAAGAUGCCAUAUGAUGAUUUUGAUAGCUCUCUCAUUAAAUGGCUACCUCUGGUCCCUGUUCUCUCUCCUUACCGAAAUGCUUUUUAAAGGUUUUGCCCGGAGAA